AGAGAGAGAGAGGACAGGGCUUCGAUGAAGCUCACCAAGUUUGACACCUUUCGUGGACUAAAAAGGAGACCUACAACACUGCUGUGAUGGAGUCACGGAUGACUCGCAAAUCAAUACUGGCAGGAUUUUACCUUUGGGUGACUUUGAGCUUUCAAGGCUGCCAUGGUGGAGUAUAUCAGAGGAAGCUGUAUCGGGACUUGAUGCUCAACUAUAAUCGAUUGGAACGUCCAGUCCAAAACGACUCUGCGCCCAUCCUAGUGGAACUUGGUCUCACUUUGCUGCAGAUCAUUGAUGUGGAUGAAAAGAACCAGGUUUUGAUCACAAAUGCGUGGCUUCAUCUGCAGUGGACGGACGUAUAUCUUACAUGGGAUAUAGAGAGGUACCCUGGUGUUCAAAACUUGCGAUUCCCUUCCAAUUUAAUAUGGGCUCCAGAUAUUCUCCUCUACAACAGCGCCGAUGAGAGAUUCGAUGCCACUUUCCAUACUAAUGUACUGGUCAAUGCGACAGGGUCUUGCCAGUAUAUCCCACCAGGCAUUUUAAAGAGUACCUGCUACAUCGAUGUGCGCUGGUUCCCGUUUGACGUGCAGAAGUGCGACCUAAAAUUUGGCUCUUGGACGCACAACGGCUGGUUGCUAGACCUCCAGAUGAUGGACGUGGAUAUUUCCAACUACAUACCCAAUGGCGAGUGGGACCUUGUUGGUGUGCCAGCCAAGCGGAAUGAGCUCUACUACGACUGCUGCAAAGAACCAUACCCUGAUGUGACAUUCACUGUCACCAUGCGCCGUCGGACACUUUACUACGGCCUCAACCUACUCAUCCCCUGUGUGCUCAUCUCUGGUUUGGCCCUGCUGGUCUUCCUGCUCCCUGCAGACUCCGGAGAGAAGAUCUCACUGGGCAUCACUGUGCUGCUGUCUUUAACUGUGUUCAUGUUACUGGUGGCAGAGAUCAUGCCCGCUACAUCAGACUCUGUUCCUCUGAUUGCUCAGUACUUUGCCAGCACAAUGAUGAUUGUGGGCUUAUCUGUGGUUGUGACAGUGCUGGUCCUCCAGUUCCACCACCAUGACCCCCAAGGAGGGAAGAUGCCCAAGUGGGUUCGAGUUAUUCUUCUCAACUGGUGCGCUUGGUUCCUGCGCAUGAAGAAGCCUGGAGAGGAAAGGAAAACAAGUGGUCAGUCUGGCAUUUGCUCAGCCUACAGGUAUCCCCACCCCCCUCCUCACCCCACCAGCAUUCAAAUGAGCACCAUACCAGGCCAGGCCUCCACCCAGUCAACUAACACGAAUGGGAACAUUAACCUGUACCUGGGAUAUGAUUCCAUGGGAUCACAAAGCCCGUCGUUCCCACCGAGCACUGAUCCGAGUGUGCUGUUGUGUGGUAGCGGCGGAGGAGGCAGCGACAGACACCCCGCCGGUUCAUCGCCGGGUGACAUCCAUUUGGAGCAAACACGGACUUUGCUGCCGGAGCAGCUUCCGGAUGUGUCUCGGAUCCUGGAAGAAGUGCAGUAUAUCGCCAGGCGCUUCCGAGAGCACGAUGAGGCCCAGGCCAUCUGCAGCGAGUGGAAGUUUGCGGCGGCGGUGGUGGAUCGCUUAUGCCUAGUAGCCUUCUCUCUCUUCUCCAUCAUCUGCACCUUUACCAUCCUCAUGUCAGCUCCCAAUUUCAUCGAGGCGGUGUCCAAGGACUUCACAUGAAACGGAUCAUUGCCCUCGACAGAGAAAAGAAUGGAAAAGCUCAAAGAUUGCGUCAAUGUCCAGAAACUGCUCCCGCUCCAUGCUUCAACUUCUUGGGACCGACAACAUCUAAACGUGCCACUUAGCACUCUGUAGUUCAUAUCCCCCAUCCAUUUUCAUUUCUUUAUUUGCAGUUCUGUGGAAAUUGAGAAGAAGGCAACCAUGCUUUUUGUUAAUUUCAAGCACAUCGUUCCUUGCUUUUAAGCCUCUGGUAAUUUCUUUUUACUACAUAGUACUAUAUAAGCCGUACACAGUAUUUCAAGAAAUCUGGAAAGAUCUGCAUUUAUUCACACUAAAAACAAUGUAUUACUGUAUAAGGUAUUGUUUAUUUUUGUUAUUGAAUAAAUCUAGAUUCACAGUUUUUUGCUCUAAAUGGACAUGGGAAUUAUUAGAAGUACGUACUGUGUAUCAAACGGAAAACAAACUACUGUGAAAAAGAGCGGCAAAAAAUGACAAUUGAAUAGGAUAAAAUAAAACAAAACAAUAAAAGCAACUUAAAAACGAAUGAUAUUACCAUGAGACUGUGUUAACUUUCUCAAACAAAACAAAAAAAAACAGACAUGAGAUUCACGGACUAACUUAACCCCUUAUUCCUGAUGUUAAGCAAUAGAUUUGUUCUGUAUACUUGUCAUUUGCAAAUGGUCCAUUGACUGAUUGUCUCAUAAUAGAUGAGCUGUCGGAAGUUUGUCUUGAUUUGAGUCUGCAGUGGAGGGCAAGUCUGAAGAAAGGAGAUAGCUUCAAGGACAGUAAUUCAUUCAUUCAUCCAUCCAUUUUGUGAUCCGCUUCACCCUCACUAGGGUCGCGGGGGGUGCUGGAGCCUAUCCCAGCUGUCUUCGGGCAGCAGGCGGGGGAGACCUUGAACCAGUUGCCAGCCAAUUGCAGGGCACACAUAGACGAACAACCAUCCGUUCUUACAAUCACACCUCGGGACAACUUAAAGCAUUCAAUCAAUCUCCCAUGCAUGUUUUUGGAAUGUGGGAGGAAACCGGAGGACCCGGAAAAAAACCCACGCAAGCACAGGGAGAACAUGCAAACUCCACACAGGAAGGCCGAAGCAGGAAUUUAACCCGGUCCCUGUGCACUGUGAGGUCAAUACACUAACCACUGGACCACCGGGCUGCCCGGCUUUGAGUAAUUGAAAAGAAAAAAGGAAAAUAAGUUCUUAGGAAUGGAAGAAGUACAUCGCGGCUCGGAAGAGAGGCAGACCACGGAGACGUCUGGCCCCUGGCCCCAGAUGAGGAAAAAAAAAAAAAAGGGAUCCACUGCAGGCCUGGCAUCUGGGCAGAGGAGGAAUAAAUAAGUGAGAGACAGGAAUUGUCCAAAGCCUUUUGCUACUGCCGACUAAAGCCAGGCCACGACCACACACACUCUCUAGAAUUUUACAAAAAAUUUUGAUUGCAUUGAUUGCUUCAAAAGGUUGUGCAACAAAACAAAGUCAAUUGUGCCUCCAUAUUUGUCAACAAUUGUUUCAUAAGUUUGAUUCACGUCGGUUGAUUUUCAUGACAUUUUGAUGUAUGACUAGUUUUGUCAGUCAAAAGUUAUUUCCGUGACCACUGUGAGUUCUUCUUUCAUACCAACAAUUUUGUGCGUGUGUAUACCGACCGCAGAAGGGUGACAAAUCUUUCGCAAUAAGUUACAAAUAAAACGCUUGAAAUGCAUGGGUGGUAUGUGGUAUGGGGAAGAUUUCAAGCAACGCUUGCAGACAGUCAAAUGUCUGCAAACAGUUCUUUAAAUGUUAAAUGUCAUUGUUUUUACCAUUUGGCCUAAGCUUUGGCAAUCUGUUUGAACGACUUCAGCAGUAUGUUUGAACGAUCAAUACAAUCAAACGACGUUCCGGUGCCAUUCGAAAGACUCGACUAACUCUUGCCAGCGACUUUGCAUUACGUUCGAACGGCAUAGCCCAGUCCAAAAUGUUCACUCUUCCGUACUAAAGGACAUAUUAUAGGUAAAAAAAAAGUGUUUGAGAUGUUUAGAAACCAAUUGACAUCCAUACAAUGGACAGUGUCUGAAGCACAUUUUCAUUUGACUAAUUUUUGAGUCAAAAGUUACAUUUUAUAGAGUCAGGAAUUGGAACAUACCAAACACGCAGUCCUGGUGAUUACCCAUGGUUCCUUUUGGUAGUGCCCGGUCGGUCCAUUGGAAGAAAUCUCAGUGGACUUUGUUCAGUUGGCGAAGUGUAAUAAGGAAGGUGACACCCCUGCCCCGCAGAGAUCAUUUGCUUAGCACACGAGGAUUGCACACAAAAUAUUUGUGAGUGGAAUGAGGCAGCUGGGUUAAAAAUAUAUUUAUUACAUAUUGUUUAAAAAAAAUCUGAUGGAAGGUCAUCACUCACCAAUAACAACGCCAAGUAAUGCCAAUAAGGAUGUGGUGGUGGAACACAUGUACCAUCACAGACGCUGGCUUUGUGCUGGGCACAAUCCAGAUGGUCCUUUUUCUCUUUGGCCAAUUUGAAAUGUGGACUCAUCAGACCAAAGCACACUUUUCCGCUUUGUAUCAGUCCAUCCCAGUUGAGGUCAGGCCCAAUAAAGCUGGCGACAUUUCUGGGUGCUGCUGGUAUACUGUAUGGCUUUCGUAUUUGCAUGGUUGAGUUUUCAUUUGCGUGGAAAAUGUUUUUCCUGAAGCAUUCCUGAUCCCACGUGACAAUAUCGUUGACGCUUGAGACAUCAAAGGUUACUGUCAUUCAAUGUUGUUUUUUGGCUUGCCAUUUAUGUUCAGAGAUUUAUCUCGAUUUUCUGACUCUUGAUGUUUUUAUGGACCAUAGUCAAUGUUUUUAGUGCAAAAUGUAAGUGCCGAUGCUCCCCUUAUUUGACUGUUACCAGGGAAAUUAGGCUGUGGGUAACAGUAGGUCAUUAGAUUAUUGAAAUGAUAACAACUUAUCAUGUAUUUUUAUCGGGAAAAUGAUGGAUGUAUGAAUUGAAUAAAACCGAGAUAUGUGUG